GGGAGCCCGGGCCGUGACAAGGGUACCAUGACUACUACCAACUUUGAGCUGAUUCUGCUUCCUCGUUAGUUUUUUGACAUGUAAAAAUGCCCUGUGGCGCAGCCCAGAAUUGUGGAAAGUUUUUACAUCGCUUUUCAACACAACCCAGAAAGAAGACAAGUGUGGGAUGUGAAGGUUCGUCGUUAACACUGGAGAGUCACUGAUUACAGCGUCUUGUGCGAGAAAAAUGCCAACGGAAGGAGUGACGUCACCAGAUGGCGGUAGAAUACAUCUUUUUUCUUUUUGGUAUGACCAGGAAGCGACUGCUGUGGUGUCCAUUCUUUUGGGUCUGUUCCAGUUGAUCCUGUCUGUCCCACUCGGCUUCAGUCACCUAACUCUCCCAUAUAUAUUCAUCCUGCCUCUUGUAUCUGGAAUUCUUAUUGUGGUCGGUGGAUCGUUCAUCAUGGCAAAUGAAAGAAAUCCUAGCAGACUAUUGCUUCAAGGUUCGGCCUGCAGUAACUUAGUCGGCCUGCUGAGUGCACUGAUUUCCUUCUGCCUCUACUGCUACAGCCUCAGCAUUAAAGACAACCACGAACAAUGUUCAUUAUUGCCCGAGGAUUAUAAUUAUCCUAGAGAGUGUCCCAUUGACGCCCUGCUGGCAUAUUCCUGGAGUGUGACAGUGAUGCUGCUGCUCUACAACUUUGGUGCCGUGGUCCUGCACAUCGUCUUCUCAGUUUUUUCUCUCAAAGCCCUCAAAACUGACUGAUUGUGGAUACUCAGCAGUAGCUCCUUUCCCAAUGCCUGCAAAAGAUGGACUUUGUCUGUGGACGGACACCAACUGCGUGUCAGUCAGCAUAUUCCGCUGUGCUGGGAUGGACGUGUGACAUCAGAAGUACUAGGAGUGUAACGGUACGUCAUAAUGACGGUUAGGUACGUACUUUAUUUUACAGUCACGGCUGGGUUCAUUUUGGGUACAAAAAUGCCAAACUGUUCAGCUUUUGUGUAAACAGCUUUAAAGUAAGCAAAACAAACUGCAAAUGAAAGUAUGUCUUCAAUUAAUACCAUUUGUAAAUUAUUUUUAAAGAAAUACAAUAGUUUACAAUGUUUCUUAUAUUAUUAUUUUAUUUUGAGUUCAUUUGACUGCCUUAAUGGCUUAAGUGCAGCAUUGAUAGAUCCAGCUUGUUGGCUCCAUCCUUACAGAAUAAUAACACUGCUUUCGUCCUCUCCACUUGUAUUUGUCACCAUGAAGGCCAAGUGUUCCCAACACAGAGACUUAGGUGAGAUGGAGGGUUUUCAAGCUCUGUCUUCUCCUCGGCACUAUCUCUAGCCAUGACUCCGACAUGCCUGCACUGCAGAGUAUUUGUAUACUGUGUAUAGGUGCGACACAAUAAACAAAUCAUUUUACUAGGGGUGCUUCAAAAAAUAAAUUCACAUCUGGAUCGCAAAAUUCCAUAUCGAUUCCUAAUUUUCAAAAAUAUGUUUUAAAAUAAAAAACGUGUGACACAAAAUUUAUUUUAGAAUGAAUCGCAUUUCUUAUUUGGGACGAUUCAUUAUCUUUAGUUUUUUUUUUAGUCUGUCCUAUGCAGCCACUCACGCAAAUAUUUAUGUUGAUGUCGAUGCCCAUAUAUGCUGUACAUGAUUACUUUAGAAUAGGGAAGUGUGGGAUAUUUAUUUUCUUUUAAGUCAUAUAGAAAUGUAUCACAGCUGUUUGUAUAUUUUCUGGAGGAAUGUAGUUAAUCAUAGAAUUGGCACCCAAUGUUAUUAAAAAGUAUCCAUUUUCAAUCGAUAAUUGUUUUGAAUCGAGAAUCGAAUCGUUACCCCCAAGAUUAAAUCAAAUUGUGUGGUGCCUAAAAUUCACAGCCCUAAUAAAUAAAUAUAUAUAUAUAUAUUUUUUUUUUUUUUUUUUUUUUAUUUUUUUUUUUUUGUAUGUAUGUAUGUAGUCGACGUUACUGUGGCUCAUCCGUUAUACAGUGCUCAAUACCGGGGUAGAGCGGAAUAUACGUUAGGUCAGGAAAAAACACAGAGGCUAUUAGAUCCCUACAAGCCUGUUUAGCAGGUUUCCCUGCUCUUCAGGGGAUUUUAUAAAUAAUAUCCCCUGAUAUUAUUAGCGAGUAAGCGCGGAAUGGCCUAAAAACAUGUCUUGAUAUAUAUACAGUACAGGCCAAAAGUUUGGACACACCUUCUCAUUCAAUGGAUUUUCUUUAUUUUCAUGACUAUUUACAUUGUAGAUUGUCACUGAAGGCAUCAAAACUAUAAAUGAACACAUGUGGAGUAAUGUACUUAACAAAAAAAGGUGAAAUAACUGAAAACAUGUUUUAUAUUCUAGUUCCUUCAAAAUAGCCACCCUUUGCUCUGAUUACUGUUUUGUACACUCUUGGCAUUCUCUCGAUGAGCUUCAAGAGGUAGUCACCUGAAAGGGUUUUCACUUCACAGGUGUCAUAGUUUUGAUGCCUUCAGUGACAAUCUACAAGGUAAAUAAUCAUGAAAAUAAAGAAAACGCAUUGAAAUGAGAAGGUGUCCAAACUUUUGGCCUGUACUGUGCAUAUAUAUAUAUAUAUAUAUAUAUAUAUAUUUUGUUGCGUUCCGACCAGUUCUUCCUCCAAGGGAAUUUAAGUUACUGGUCAAUCCCAAGUUCUUUUGGAUGACAUAUUUGCUGAGUAAGAAGGAUCACCAGAAACAGAAUAGGAUUAACAACAAUUUUACUGAAAUUUCAGGAGAACAACCUAGACUAAUACAUUUAUACCGGCUUCCCAAGUUGUUCUAACAUUCAAACGGGAAGAGACCAACGUUCCCUCAAAGGUGCGCGCCUGCGCAAUUGCGCACUGCUCACGCGUCCUCUGCGCACAGCAAAUUAAUGGCGCGCAGAAAAUCAAAAAUCACAUCUGAACUUUAAACAAAAUAAACACAUUACAAUUUAUUCCGUAUGAUUUUGCAAUGCAACUCUGUGAGUGACAGGUGACAACAAGAGUGGCCCCAAUGAAUAAAACAAUCUUUGUCAACACAGUUCAAUUCUCGUCUGUCGAGACACUUUACAGACAGGAAUUCCAUCAAUCACUUUAUUGAGCAAAACUGUUUGUAACCACACCAAAAACAUGAGUAAAAAAAACUUUUAUCUAUAAAAACUGGUAAUUUUCUGUCAUACAAACCAGGCUUAAACCAACAUUAUCAUUCGUCAUUUCAACAGAAGCCGCUCGCUCUCUCACCUGCACCAACACACGCACUCAUGGCACUUAGCCAGUGCUGCGUUUAUGGCCACACAAAAAGUCGGACAACCCCAACGCCACACAAUGUGUAAAUGUUGAAACACUCUGACUCCACAAUCAGAUGUGUGCUUAUUGUACUGCCAUUUAUUAAGAAUGUUAAUCUAAGGAUAUUAUUCAUGAAAUAUUGUCACUAGAUUUCAUAAAUGCUAAUAAAAAGAUGUAUUUUACAGACAGAAAGUUACAGGAACUAAAUAUAAUCUCUGAAAGGGGUAACAUUUCUUUUAAAGGCAGGACCCGCAGCCAGACAUACAAUACUAGCACAUAGGUCAUGAAAAACAUGUUUUUUGUUAUUGUCAUUGUAAGAGGGCAAAAUCACUUAUAUCAGAAAAUUAUUUUAAUAAAACAUUUAAAUUGUUAUGAUGUCAGGUUUGGGACAGGUGUGACGCUGGUGUGGCCACAGUGUGUACGUCUGAUGUUGCUCACAUGUGCUCCACUGAAUGCUCAGGGAGUUUGUGCGUUUGCUCACAAACAUUAAAAAUUAGAGGGAACAUUGGAAGAGACUACUUCUUCAAUCUGCCAAUAGCCCCUACCCUCCCCAGAUCCUCCCCAGAUGGAAUACACAAGUUCAUUGUUCAACUCAGGAUGAGAUAGAAAAAGGAGUACUCCAACUCCCUACAUUCCAAAGCUUCAAGGUUAACACACACAGUUUACUUGCGGACAAACAAAGAGAACAAAUGGAAAAACACUAGCUGUUUUCAAAUAUGACUAUGAAUAGAAAGAAAUAACUCUUGCAUAUAUAUAUAUAUAUAUAUAUAUAUAUUCUCCACAAUAUAUAUGUAAUAAGACAUUUUUUUGGCCAUUCCGUGCUUACUCGCUGCGUGUAAACAUCAUAGCAGCCAAGAGGAACUUUUACGACCUGUUUUUAAAAAGGUAUUAUCAUUUUUGUACCAAAAAAAUCCCUACAAAAAAGUGCUGUAUAUAAAUCCAUUCCAUAAUAUAUUGUGAAAAUCAGUUUGAAUCAAGACGGAUUCGGAACCAGGAAUUGAAUCUGACUCGAAUCGUCAAUCCAAGAAUCGGAAUCGAAUCGUGACUUGUUGUAAGAUUCACAUCCUUACCUGUUGCUCACUUAUGAAUCUUAUGAAUCGGUACACCUUUUUACCGUACCGAAUGUUACGUACCGAAUUACGCCUACAUGUACCGUUACACCCCUACCAUAUACUCACUUCUCAUGUUUUAUUGUGUUUAAGCAAUUGCAGCAGCUUUAUGGUUAUGUUAAUUAUCCUUUAUGCGGAAAUACUGCAAAGUAACUUCAAGCAUCAGACCAAUCACAGUCCAUGCGGCAACAAGCCACCGUUGUCUUUUACGCAGACUUCAACAAAGGUGUCAGCGUUUGGUGUGAAAAUAAUCUUGUUCGACUGUGUGGCAUUGCUUUCGACACAGUAGGUGAAGAAGUGUGAACCUUCCGAUCCAUGUUCUUUUUACUUAGGCCCUCGCAGCUCUGGAACAAACCACCAAAGACUUGUUAAUCUAAUCAGCCUUGUCAGUUUAUACAGAACAGCCACCCAGCAAAAACAACCCAACUUUAAUAGUGUAAAGGGUGUAGUCUUCAUUAAUCUUUCACUCUUGCAGCAUGCAUUUGGUUUUUUUUUCUUAAAGGAGAGAUGCUAGAAUAAAAGUGUUGUCUCCCUUGCAUAGUUUGGUUUCUGUGCUUUGCUUAAAGGCAAGAAUAGCAUCUUAUGUCAUAUUUGUACAUAUGUGUAUACAUUUAUUCUCCCUCUGUCACCUGUAGUACAAGCUGCUCCAUAUAAUCACAAGAAUAAUAAAGUGUAUUUAUUCAUCUAUAAAAA